AUGACGUCCUCGGUCUUUUUCAAGUUCAAGUCCCAGAAAGAGCCGACUCGUGUCGAGUUCGACGGCACCGGCAUUUCUGUGUUUGAGCUGAAGCGUGAAAUUAUUCUUCGCAGUGGCCUUGGAGAUGGCACCGAUUUCGACCUCGUUAUCUGCGCAGAUGAGAACAUGAAAGAGGUAUACGAUGAUGAUACUACCAUUAUUCCCCGGUCGACUACGGUCAUUGCCCGUCGCAUGCCCCCCAAAGUCCCUGGCAAAGGAAAUGCUGCCCGUUAUGUAUCUGGGAAGAUGCCGAUCCAUGCAAAAAACUCGUCUCGACGUGAACAGAUUGUUAAACCAACCGUUAAGACCCAAUCUAGCACCCUGGCCCAGUUAAGCAGUGCCAUGACCGAGGAAGAGAAGAUGGCUGCAGUUUUCCAGGCUCAAACCGAGAACUUUACUGCUCGCGAAGAGGAGAUGGCUACACAACAAUAUGUGGCUAAGGGCGGUCCGAAAAAACCCGCCAAUGUCCCUGAUCACGACCCUCCUCAGGGCUACAUUUGCUACCGCUGUGGUGAGAAGGGGCAUUGGAUCCAACUCUGCCCGACCAACGACAAUCCCGAGUACGACAAUCGUCCACGUGUCAAGCGGACCACAGGCAUCCCGCGUUCCUUCCUUAAGACUGUGGAUAAGGCUACGGCAUUAGGCCACAAUGCUGAUGGUGACGAGUCCAAGGUGCCCUCGGGCAUCAUGGUCAACGCCGAUGGAGAGUUUGUCAUUGCUGAGCCUGAUAAGGCAUCCUGGGAGCAAUUCCAGGCCAAGGCCAAGGCGAAGUCUGACGCCAAAGCGGCUGCUUCCGAGGGAGACAAGGAAAUCCGGGAGCGGGGCUUGGAGUGCCCGGUCGACAAGAAAAUGUUUAUAGAGCCAAUGAAGACUCCUUGUUGCGAGAAGACGUAUUGCAAUGAUUGCAUCACGAAUGCUCUCAUUGAGAGCGACUUCGUCUGCCCAGCUUGCAAAACAGAAGGAGUUUUGAUCGAUGAUCUGAAGCCUGAUGAGGAAGCAGUGGAAAAGAUUAAAGCCUUUCUUGCAGAAAAGGACAGUAAUAAGAAGAAGGAGGAUGGCUCCAAGAGCCCCCGUGGUGAUGAGAAGCCUGAAAGCACCGAUGACAGCAAGAAAACAGAGAAGGCAGAGUCUGUUAAGGCCACGUCAAAGUCACCCUCUCCAACACCGUCAACUGCUGCUUCUGUUACCACCAAUGGCCAGACGACUCAGGCGUCCACCAACCAGCAGAACAAGUCGUCAACCUCUACCGCCAGUGCUACUAAUGGAGAGCAGCAGGCGGCCACGUCAUCCUCAUCAACGUCCAAAAAGCGUCCUGCUGACGAGCUUCUUGAGAAUCCCAAGAUUCCCAAGGCUCCCAAGGCCAUGCAGCAGAAGGAAGCUCAACACCAACAACAGGACAUGAUGAACAUGAUGCCCAGCAUGGGCCCGAUGGGCUUCAACCCUAUGAUGGGCCCCAUGGGUCCGAUGAUGUACCCCGGCAUGCCGCCCAUGAUGCCUAACUUCCCCAUGGGCCCUAACCCGAUGGGUAUGGGCUUCCCCCCGAUGAUGAACCCCAUGAUGUUCCCGAACGGCGGCCCGGCUAACGGUAUGAACGGCUGGGGUCCUGGCCCGAACGGUAUGAUGAAUGGCUGGGGCGGACCCAACGGCAUGAUGAACAGCGGUAUGGGUAUGGGCGGCCCGGGCAUGGGUUUCAGCGGCGGCCCGAACCAGCACAAGACCUUUACGCACCAGCCGCCGCCGUCCGAGGAGGAAGAGGCGUACUUCCGGAAGCCGGUUAAUCCUCACCGCCAUAUGAAUCGCCAGCGGCGGAUCAGGCCGAGUGAUUACCGGGAGCUGUGA